CCCCUUCGGCCACCGUCGGCCUGGAGUUACUAUGGAAACCCAGCUGCCAUAGCUAUGUCUCUGCAACAGGCCCCUCCGUCACGGGUGUUCGUGGAACUGGUUCCCUGGGCUGACCGGGGCCGGGAGAACAAUCUGGUUUCGGGCGCAGAGACACUACCUGGUCUCCGUCGCCCUCUGUCCUCGGCACAGACCCAAACUGCAACCCGUGAGGUGCAUGUAAGCGGCACCGCAGAGGUGUCUGCUGGCCCCAACAGGGCGCAGGUGACAGUGCGAGUUAGCAGCACUAAGGAGGCGGCGGCAGAGGCCAAAAAGAGCGUUUACCGGCGUCUAGACUACAUCACGCAGAGCCUCCAGCAGCAAGGUCUGCAGGCAGAAAAUGUGACUGUGACAAAGGAUUUUAGAAGAGUGGAAAAUGCUUAUCAUAUGGAAGCAGAGGUCUGCAUUACAUUUACUGAAUUUGGAAAAAUGCAAAAUAUUUGUAACUUUCUUGUUGAAAAGCUAGAUAGCUCUGUCAUCAUCAGCCCACCACAGUUCUAUCAUACUCCAGGUUCUGUUGAGACUCUUCGACGGCAAGCCUGCCUUGUUGCUGUUGAGAAUGCAUGCCGAAAAGCUCAAGAAGUCUGUAACCUUGUUGGCCAAACCCUAGGAAAACCUUUGCUUAUCAAAGAAGAAGAAACAAAAGAAUGGGAAGGCCAAAUAGAUGAUCAUCAAUCAUCCAAACUCUCUAGUUCAUUAACUGUACAACAAAAAAUCAAAAGUGCAACAAUACAUGCUGCUUCAAAAGUAUUUAUAACUUUUGAAGUAAAGGGAAAAGAGAAGAAAAAAAAGCAUCUUUGAAAUUUCAACCAAAAUAUAUUGUAUUUGCUUCUUUUUAUCUAUUUUUAUACUUUUAUAAUGUUUGUUUUUGUCCUGAAUAUAUAAAUUGUAUAGUAGAUAAGCUGUUUCUCUCUAAAAUCUAUAAAUCCUUGAAUAUAGUCCCACAGAAUACUUAUGUUCACUUUGUUUCUAUUUUAUUACUUUAUCAUAAGAAUAUAAUCUUUUAAUCAGAAAAGUACAAUCUGGCUAUAACACUUUCCUACAUUCUAUUAUAAUUGUAUUAUUUCUUAUAGCCAAUAUCAUUUUUCUACAAAUGAUCCUUUUCUAGUUUUGUACAUGUUUGAAAUGAAUAUAAGUUGGAUAAAAUGUUUAGAAAAAAUUUCAGGAUCACAGUUUUUAUGAAGUGACAUAUGCUUUAUGGGUCAAUCACCUCUGGAACACUUUGGAGUUUUCUUUCUAUAAAGUCACAAUUGGUCUAUUCUAAUAGUAAAAAGAAUUCUAAAGCCCUAUAUACCCAUAUUCAACAUGUAAAUGUGAUUUUAUAAUAUUUUAAUAUGGUUUUCUGAUGUCCCUGGAGUUCAUAAAACUGCAAAUAAAAUAAUGAAGUUUCUCAGAGUAAAAUUCAGAUUUAGGGAGGCUAAAAAGCUGACCACAUUCUCUACCUCAGUCCUGAUGUGAAACAUGAUGUCUGUAUUAAAUACCAGUAGUAACUCAGUGAUUUCUUUCUUCCACGAGUUAAGUAUAUGCUGAUAAGGAGCUAGAAGUAACAUUUAUGUAUGCUAAAAUAAAUCUUCUUAUCUUCAGGUA